AUGUUAUUUUUGCAAAAUGGAAAGCGAUUCCUUCGUUAUGUCAGUGCUUCAUACAAAUGUCGUUGCAAAUCGAACGCAACACUGAGUACUCUAAAAAACAAGUUAAAACACGGCCCAGGUCUAAAAGAAUUCAUAGAAGAGUCAAAUGGGAUAUCAGAAGUGAUUACACAUCCACCACACAUACCUUAUUUACCCGAUAACAUUCAGAAUACUACGAAACGAAAAGUUUACUUUGAUGUUUACGGUUGCCAAAUGAACCUCAACGACACUGAAAUAGUCUGGUCUAUAUUAAAAAAUGAAGGUUUCGAGAAGACAGAAGUGGAAAAUGAAGCUGAUAUUUUCCUUGUAAUGACGUGUGCUAUAAGAGAAGGAGCUGAGACCAAGAUAUGGCACCGUUUAGACCAUUUAAGAGGUUUUAAGAACAGACGUGCAUCUUCGAAGAAUAAAAACAAACCAGUUAAAAUUGGUAUUCUAGGAUGUAUGGCGGAGCGGUUGAAGGAGAAGUUGUUAGAGAAAGAAAAGUGUGUAGAUGUUGUUGCUGGACCAGAUAGUUACAGAGAUCUACCACGGCUCUUAGCUUUAACAGAAAAUGGACAAACGGCGGUCAAUGUGCUUUUGUCCUUAGAUGAGACCUAUGCCGAUGUUGUUCCUGUCAGAUUGAAUCAAGACAGUAUUUCUGCUUUUAUCUCAAUCAUGCGCGGCUGUGACAAUAUGUGCACAUAUUGCAUAGUCCCUUUCACACGGGGUCGUGAGAGGUCACGACCUGUGUCCUCUAUAGUCGAUGAGGUCAGGCACCUCUCGGAAUGUGGUGUGAAGGAGGUCACCCUGUUAGGGCAGAAUGUUAACAGCUACAGAGAUAUCACUGAAAGGACUGAGAAAUAUGACACUCAUUUGGCUGAAGGCUUCAGAACAGUGUACAAACACAAAAAAGGAGGACUGAGGUUUGCAGAUUUACUGGAUAAAGUUUCGUCUGUCGAUCCGGAAAUGAGAAUAAGGUUUACUGCAGCGCACCCUAAAGAUUUUCCAGAUGAGGUGUUACAAGUAAUAUCAGAGAGGCCCAACAUCUGCAAACUUCUACACCUGCCCGCACAGUCGGGCUCUACCGCGGUCCUGGAGCGUAUGCGACGCGGCUACACGCGGGAGGCCUACCUGCGCCUCGUGGAGCGCGUCCGGGCCGUGAUACCGGGAGUUGGCUUGUCAACGGACAUGAUCAGCGGGUUCUGUGGGGAGACGGACGCGGAGUUCGAAGAGACUCUCUCUCUGAUGGAGCUCGUCGAUUACAACGUGGCCUUCCUCUUCUUGUACAGCAUGAGAGAGAAAACAGCAGCAUAUCGACGUUACAAAGACGAUGUACCGGAAUCAGUAAAAAAGCAGAGACACCAGCGGAUGAUCGAACUAUACAGACGCAAAUGUCAGAAACUAAACAAUGCGGAGAUAGGAAACAUACACUUAGUACUUGUAGAGGGUAUUGUACCUAAAACUGGUCAAAUAAUGGGUAGAAACGAAUUUUAUAUCAAGGUAGUAUUCGAUCAGAUGGAAAUACCCUCAGAGUGUGGAGUAAAGGGAGUGAAACCAGGGGACUAUGUGGGCGUUAGGAUUGUUGCAGCGAAGUGUUCGGUCUUGUCUGGAGUUCCGCUGUACCAUACUAGUAUUAGGGAGUUUUAUAAGGAGUAUAGUUGGGGGGAGAGAGCUGCUUUGAGGGUAUAAUGUAAAUUAAUUUUUAUAUUGUUUCAAAAUUAUGUAAAGUAAUAAUAGAUUGCAAAUGAAUAAGUUGUAAAUAAAGAUAUAAGUGUAAAA